GAGGCAGGGGUGGACCGAUUGGCGUGGAGGACAUACAAACACUGUCGGUUGUGGCUGCAGGCAUUCUACGCGCCGGGUAUGACCUUGGCUACAACGUGACUGACCCCAACAGUGAAGAACAAAUAGGGUUUAGUGUGCCUGAUAUUACUACGAGGGAUGGCCGCCGCUCCUCCACAGCCGAGGCAUACAUCCGUCCUGCUGCUAUGGCUUACCCUGGUUUGCAUGUGCUCACCAACGCACUGGCGACGAAGGUGUUGCUUGACGAUGAGAGGAACGUGCUUGGUGUUGUCUACGACAAUGGCGGCUCGCUGCACAUGGUCGGCGUGCGGCGGGAGGUGGUCAUAUCGGCUGGGGCAAUCGGGUCACCUAAACUCCUCAUGUUGUCUGGCAUUGGCCCCGCUCACCACCUGCACUACCACAGGAUCCCAACACUGGUUCACUUACCUGGAGUGGGCGCCAACCUGCAUGACCACGUGACAGUGUCUGGCCUCACCUGGACUACACGGCCCGGCACCUCCGUCACCUUCUCGUCACUGCUCAGCGUCAAAACUAUCAAAGAAUACCUCAUCAAGAAGCGAGGUACCCUCGCCACUGCCUUUGGAAUAGACGUGUGCGCGUGGACAGAGUCAGAAGGAGAUGAGCCGCAGUGGCCGGACCUCCAGCACACCUUCUCCUACUUGACCCUCGCCCUGGACCAUGGCUGGGAGGUGGCGCACGUGGCGGGCUACAAAAAGGAGGUGUUCGAGCCGUACUUCUCAGAGGUGGCGGGGCAGGAGGGCUACACCGCCUACCCCGAGGUGCUGCGGCCCAAGAGUCGCGGCACAGUGCGGCUCAGCUCAGGCCACUACGAAGCUCCCCCACUCGUCGACCCCAACUAUCUGAGUCACCCCGACGACCUGCGCUUAUUAAUCAAAGGUAUCAAGUUUGUGAUGGCGGUUGGCAACAGUACGAUUAUGAGAGAAAAUUUUGAUGCUGUUUUCAAUACUCAGCUCCUGCCGGGAUGCGAAGAGGAGCCCCUGUUCUCAGACACCUACUGGGCCUGUUUCGUGAAGAAUAUGGCCACCACAAGCUACCACCUCGUCGGAUCCUGCAAGAUGGGUCCAGAAGAUGAUCCUUUCUCGGUGGUGGAUCAUAGACUCAGGGUGCGCGGAGUGUCUGGGCUGCGGGUGGCUGACGCUUCCAUCAUGCCACUGAUCACCUCGGGCGGCACCAACGCACCCACCAUCAUGAUUGGCGAGAAGGCGGCGGACAUGAUCAAGGAAGACUGGCUUGGGGUGUCUCAAGGCCACCCCGAGCACAGAGUCCCCAGACCAGUCAAUGAACGGCUGGGUGAUAAAACAAGUCCAGUCUUCAUCUUGAUUUCUCUGCGCGCGCGUCUGUUUGUAAAGCUCUCCCGCGUGUUCACUCCUAGAGGAGAAACACGCUUUGAGAAUCCGGCUAAUUAUCUCCGACCUUUGAAAAUAGUCGUGGUGAGAGAGAGAGAAGUGCCCCUGAAUACGAGUCUUGUAAGUGUUAGGUUUGAGAUGAUUUACCGCCUGAGUCGCUUCAUCCCGGGGCUGCUGGUGCGGCUACUCGUGGCUGUGGGUCUCCGCGGCACCAAUGACCACGACUACGAUGCCUCAGACAAGCUCCUCUACCAGUAUGACUUCAUUGUGGUGGGCGGGGGGACUGCUGGUGGGGCUGUGGCGGCGCGGCUGUCGGAGGUGGAGGGUUGGCGAGUAUUGCUGCUGGAGGCUGGAGGACCGCCGCCCCCGGAGAGUGUGGUGCCUGGUCUCAAUGUGGUGUUGAUGCAGAGUGACGCGGAUUGGAGUUACUUCACGGUGCCCCAGAAACACUCUCUCAAAGGUUACGUUGGCAAGUCAUGCCACUUUCCCCUCGGCCGCGCCCUGGGAGGCUCGUCAACUAUCAACUGGAUGAUGUACGUGCGAGGCAACAGGCGGGACUUCGAUAACUGGGAGGCGAUGGGCAACCCGGGCUGGAGCUACGACAAGGUUCUCAAGUACUUCAAGAAAUCCGAAGACUACCGAGGUGUUCGCCGCCCAGACACAGCGUUUUACCGCGGCGUCGGGGGUCCCGCCAGCGUGGAAAACAAGCGCUGGGGAACACCGCUCAUGCACGCUAUCCUGAAGGCAGGCAGGCAGCUCGGGUACGAUGUUGUUGACCCGAACGGACCCGAACAAAUAGGGUUCUCCAUUCCUGACAUGACGACAAGGAAUGGACGUCGGGGAUCCUCAGCUGAAUCCUACGUUCGUCCUGCAGCCUUCCGCCGCUCCAACCUGCACGUGGUGAUGAACGCCCUCGUCACGCAGAUCCUGUUUGACGACCGAAAGCGCGCCAUAGGAGUGAAAUUUGAGCAAUACGGGAAGGUACGCACGGUGCUGGCGCAGAGAGAGGUGGUGGUGUCGGCGGGCGCUGUAGGCUCCCCGAAGCUCCUCAUGCUGUCUGGUGUCGGGCCUGAGGAACACCUGCGGCGCCACAAGAUCCCCGUCGUGGUGAAUCUGCCUGGCGUGGGGGAGAACUUCCAUGACCAUCCUUCCAUCUUCGGCCUCACCUGGACUGUCAAGAAAGGGUCUGACUCCGUGUUUCGUGUAGUCCGUCCCCAAGCAAUCGAGCAGUAUUCGGCACACGGCACAGGGCCCCUGAGUUGUCCCCUGGGCGUGGAGGUGAACGCGUGGGGCCUGUCAGAGGAAGGGGAUCCGUACUGGCCUGAGCUGCAGUACCUAUUUGUGUCCGGAACUCCUGCUUUUGACUACGGGUUGUUUAUCACGGACGGCAUUGGCUACACUAGGGAGCUGUUCAACAAGUACUACAAGUCCUUGAUCGGUCUGCAAGGUUUUACAGUGGGGCCAAUGUUGACUCGCCCUAAAAGUCGCGGCACUAUCAGAUUGAGGUCCCCUGAUCCCAAAGACCCGCCCCUUGUCGACCCUAACUACCUCAGCCACCCCGAUGAUGUGGCCACUCUUGUUCGCGGCAUCAAGUUCGCCCUGACAGUGGGAAACACACCAGCACUUCGGGAGGAAUUAGGUGCCAGAUUUCACAGUCAGCCUCUGCCGGGAUGCGAACGGGAGAUUCCUGGCUCAGACCCGUACUGGGCGUGCUACGUGCGACAUAUGGCCAAGACCACCUGGCAUGCAGUGGGUUCCUGCAAGAUGGCGCCGCCCUCAGACCCUUUCGGCGUGGUGGAUCACACACUCAAGGUGCGCGGGGUUUCCGGGCUGCGGGUGGUGGACGGCUCCAUCAUGCCUCUCGUCACCAGCGGGAACACCAACGCUCCCUGCAUCAUGAUAGGCGAGAAGGGUGCUGACAUGAUCAAGGAGGACUGGGGUGUCUUGCCAGGAUAGAAGUCACACGAAGGAAGCCUCUCUGCUGCCUUGUGAAGGGUCACUACGGCGUCCCUCGUUGUUCAGACGGUCUUGCUGGCACCAGGACAGUCUCGUUAUCUCAUUAGAGCUGGUGAGGACAUGCCUAGGGUGCCGUGCCGUACCAUGCCGUGCCGUGCCUUGCUUUGUCUUGUUUUGCCUGAGCCUGUCAUCACACCCAGAGCUCCGGCCACCGAAAGAUUCUGGGGCCAUAUUCUGAAACGCUUCUACCUACACUGUACUUUCACUACAUUCAAAAGUCUCCAUUUGGUUACAUGUGUUUUCAUGAAUGUUCUUUUUUUUUUUAGUUUCUAUAAAAAGAUUAAUUAGAUUUAUUCAUUACUAAUAGGAGAAAUACUCUUGACAGCUCAGCUAAAUAUUUCUGUCACGGUAAGAGAGGAAGUGUUUCAGAAUAGGUGCUCUGAACAGCGUUUGGCGGGCACGUCACUGACACCCUGUUGAUCUCACCGCCACUAGUCUGUUGAGCUCAGUCUAGAAGUUACUGUAGUUAAACUUGCCUGAGGUCUUCGCGGGAACGAAUAUCAUCCUAGAUAACAACCAAACUCCAUUCCUAACUCAAUCAUCUGAUAACUUGGUUCGUCAGCCUCCCUUAUUUGCAGCCUCCCUUAUUUUGUAAUGGUAUGUUUCUUCCUUUUCACUCGGCUGUCAGGUCCUACCAGUCGCCUCGUAGCCGACACCACCAUCAUCACCACCACCGUCUAGCCACUGCACUGUCUCGUAGGAGUGCAGGUGUUCCCGUGUCAUUCUCAUUACUGCAUUAAACUGUGAUAUAUUUAGUACUCGGGAUCAUAUUCCGAAACACUUCUGUGCCGUUCCCAGUACUUCAAAGGCUCUGGGAACUUGUUACUUUGUAUUUUAAGAUCUUUUUAGUAUUCACGUGACUAAAAAAAACUCCUGAAAACCAAAUAAUAAUCCCUGUGGUUUCUGAGAAUAUUCGACGUGAGAGAGCAGAGCGUUUCUUUGAAUACGGGCAUUACUGUGUAAAGUUUCGGAGAAGAAAAAUAAAGUAGUCUAGCCUUUAAACUUCCUAUAGUCUCAAAGAAAACCAUGUUGAAGGGUAAACGAAUAUAAGAUUUACAGAAGCCAUACUUUAUACACGUGAAGUAAAAUACAUCAUUAUCAUUAUUAAGAAAUAGCUUUGAUUUUCUAGAAUGUUGUCUUAUACAGCUUAUACAUAUGAUUCCGAAGACAACUUUAGAGAAAUAAACAAAAUAAAAAAAAAUACUUGUAAAUGAAAGACGUAAUGUAAUAUAUUCCACAAAUUUACAUCAGUUGUGCAAUUAUAAACGGCAUUGUAUGAUGCCUUCAAAUGAAGGCGAAUGAAAAAUAUAGACUUUU